AUGAGCGCAAACCUCCAACGAGAGAACCGUUGGACGGAAGGAACGAGGUCCAAGAAAACGGCGAAAUUUCUCGCAAAAGUCACUGGGAAAGGUGGCGCUGAACCCCAUCCUACGAACGUAUACAUUCACCGCAUAAAUGAGGAAACAGUUCUCCCGCCUCGACGAGUGAACGCGGCUUUCAGGCGCACUAAUGCACCGCGAAAGUCACUCUCGAAUUGCGUCCGACUGGGACGGAUGCAGGACUACGCCGCAGACGCGGGCUCGCUGGCGUCGGAUUCAUUCAGAAAGGAUUCGGCAGCGUCCGUUGCGAAAUCGCGACGCCCGCCCUCAUCAUUGGCCUCCGAGUCGCGAAGGGCCGGCGAGCUCCUUUACGUCGCCAGUCAGCCGGACGGCCGGGCGGAUGCCGUGAAGCCACUGCGGCGGAUUUUGUCGGAAAGUCGGAGGUGGGCAUUAUGGGCUGCGAUGGCGGGCGGGCGGAGUGCGGUCGGUAGGAGCGGCUCAGACGUUGGACGACGUUGGGCGUUUGAACGAUGGGGACUGGGCGGGACGGAGGCUGGCGAGGGGCAGAUAAGAAGCUGCAAUGGCUGCCGAGAGAGUAGAGGAGAAGGUGACGGUGAAGGAGGGCAGGGAUCGCGUGAGCGAUGGCGGAGAGGGAGAUCGAGGAGGAGAUCGAGAUGGAGAUGGGAGGGGGCGGGGGAAGAACAUGGAGGGCGGCAAGGUCAGAGGAAGCUUUUCAGCGGCAUGGCCGUCACGGCUUGGCAGCACGCCCGCAGGGCACAAGUCAAUGAACUCUAG